AUGCAAAUUCGGAUUGCGGCUCUGAACGAUUCAAGCAGUGAAGAUGAUAGUCGAGCCCCAAAAACUCCUGCAAGAAGAACAAAGGAGGCAAAGGAGUCAGAGGCAUUCACUCUGUAUGACGCAGCACUGAGGCUACAGAGACAGGGCGAGGUGUCUUUGGCAGAGACUGCCUUCAAGGAUCUGCUUAAUCAUGGCUUCCUUAGAGAGACAGCACAACUGGUUGAGGAUGAGGAAGAAGGUGCUGAUCAGGAUGGGCUUCGACUUCUGUACUCAAUACACAAAAACCUGGCCAGUAUGGCACUGCAUAGAGAGGACCUACAGUCAGCUAUUUGGUCAUAUGUAGAGGCAGUGAAGAUUGAUACAACAGAAGUGACUGUUUGGUACAAGAUAGGAACCAUCGCUCUCAAGUUGUACAACUUCCCACUUGCCAGACUUGGUUUUGAAAAGGGACUGCAUUGUAAUCCAAACCACUGGCCUUGUCUUGACCAUGUUAUCACACUGCUAUAUGCCAUGAACGAUUACUGGAAUUGUCUGUACUAUAUAUCACGAGCCUUGCUGAAGGAUCCCGAGUACACCAAGGGCCUGGUACUCAGGAAACAAAUUCUCAAGGAGCACCCAUCUCUGAAAUAUGAUACAGAUGAAAUGUUUGAGCAGUGUGAUCAGGCUGUUCUUCUCGCUAGAGUGGACCCAUCAGAAUCAGACGAGUAUGUGAAUGAGGCCCUAGAUUUGAGAGACAGACGACGAGAACUGGCAAAGGAACCAGAGCCCCUCCCCAUCAAACUCUCAAAAACCAUCACGCAUUUCACGUGGAGGAACUUAGGAGAAAGUCUUGUGGAGCUGUAUGAUAGAGCUAGGAAUGCAGAUCCGCCCUUGAGCCUGGGACUUCGUGUUGACUUGUCAGAGUAUAGCAACUGUACAGAGAGACCUCCUGUUGUACAGGGGAAAUCACCUGCUAUAGAGGAGUCCCCAGAACAUUCAGGGGAAAUGGAAGUUGACUCUGUUCCUGUAGUUACCUCAGAAAAAAAAACCAAAGAUGACACAGAAAUGGGUGAAACUAAUUCAUUUGAAGUCCGAGAUAUUCCAAUGAUCUCUGAGGAGCCAGCUGGUCCUUUGGAAUCUCAAACAGACAAUGAUCAUGUUGCUAUGGAUAUUGGUAGUGCUGAUAUUCAAAAUGAAAGAACUGCUUCUUCUUUUAUGCCAUCUGCUUCAUUUAGGAAAAUGCCAUCUUCUCCACUUUCAACACCUACUGUCAGUCAGGCAAGCAUCAUAGGUGAAACAGAUUCACCUCUAGCCACAGCUGAUGUUGAGAUUUCACAGAAAACAGCUGAUACUGGACUGCCAUUCACAACUACAUCUGUGGCUCUGCAGGUGUCAGCCAGUAUUGUGCAGCCACUUGCAAUUGUCCCAGAGCUUCAGAUAUCAACCAGUGAAGAGGCACUUUCUAUUUUAACAAAUAAGGAGAAUAAACCAUUAACAGGUUCUGUCUCUGACCUGCAGGAGUCAACUGUUUCUGAGCCACAAGAAAACCUUUUAACCCUGCCACUGAUGAACACUUCACCAAAAAUGUCAAGUGAGAGGUCAACAUUGGAACAGAUGUCUGAUGCUUCUGAACCAAUGCACACAUCAGGACUGCCAGUGUCACUUUUAUCUGAACUGCCAGAUAGAGACACUGAUAUAGAGAUGGCACAGAUAAGCUCUGUUUCAAAGAUGCAACAAAUAGCAUCUGUGGCUGGAAUGUUGCCAACAACAUUUGUUUCAACAAUAUCUAGAACAGAAACAUCACAGAUGACAACUGCUUCAGGAAUAUUAAAGAUGAUACCUCAUACAACAACAGUUUCAGGGAUUCCACUCUCAACAAUGUCUGAGAUCCAAUCGUCUAGACCAAUUUCAGGGAUUCCACUCUCAACAAUGUCUGAGAUUCUAUCGUCUAGACCAAUUUCAGGGAUUCCACUCUCAAUGGUGCCUGAGAUCCCAUCGUCUAGACCAAUUUCAGAGAUUCCACUCUCAACGGUGCCUGAGAUCCCAUCGUCUAGACCAAUUUCAGGGAUUCCACUAACAGUAAUGUCUGAGAUCCCAUAUUCUACACCUACUUCAGGAAUUCCACUAACAACAUCUGGGAUCCCAUCUUCUGUACUUGUUUCUGGAAUUCCACUAACAACAAUGACUGGAACCCCAUCUUCUGGACCUACUUCAGGAAUUCCACUCACAGCAACAUCUGGGAUCCCAUCUUCUGCACAUAUAUCUGGAACUCCGCUUACUACAAUGUCUGGGGCCCCAUCUGCUGUACUUAUUUCUGGAAUUCCACUAACAACAAUACCUGGGACCCCAUCUACUUCAGGAAUUCCAUUUACAACUAUGUCUGGGACCCCAUCUUCUACACCAGCUUCAGGACUUUCAACAGCAGUAUCAAUAAAGAUUCCUGCCAUGACACCUGUUUCUGAAAGUACACAUAUUUCGUUAGGGAUCUUGACUACAACAACUGUUUCAGGAAAUUCACUGACUACAACAACUGUUUCAGGAAAUUCACUGAUGCUGUCGCCAGGGACACCAGUUACAACAACGGUUUCUGGAAUACCACAGACAACAUUAUUUUCUGGAGUACCAGUAACAACAUCUUCGUCAGGGAUACCACAAUCAAUGACAGUUUCUGAAACUUCAGAAAGCUCACCUGACAUUCCAGUGACUGUAUCAGCAUCAGAUAUAUUGCAACCAAUUUCGGUGUCUGAAAUGCCCUAUACAUUACCUGUUUCAGACAUCCUACAGACAACACCAGUCGCCACACCUGUCUCCACAUAUAUGUCGGUACACACCCCAGUAACAGGGUUGACGUUCACAACCCCUUCAUCAGGACUAUUAACAACUUCAUCUCCAUUGUUCACACCAGUGUCUGGGAUGCAACAUACAUCUCCUAUAUCAGUAUUUAUCUCCCCAGCCCUCCAUGACCACACAUGUGCAGCAUCUAUAGAGUCAGAGGAACUGGCUAAAGGGCGUGGCAAGGCACCUAAAAGGAAGAGAGGGUUCAUACCAGAAGACUUUGGACUCAGCGUUAAACGUAGAAGUGCCAGGGUGAGGAAUGUGAGCAAACCAAAAGAAGAACCAAGUGUAAACUUUGAAGAGCUCCUUAUCUCGUUCCUGCCAUCCAGUCUCAAACAAGUAAAUGAAGAUGAUGAUACAGAAAUGCUGGUGAUGAAGGAACAAGAACAGUCAAUACGAAGUGGAGAAGAAAAGGCCACAGGUUGUGAUGUAGAGCUGAUCCAAGAGGUAAAGAAACUAACCUCAACAGAAGAUACAGACGUCAGAGAAUUCUUAAAACAGAACAUAAAAAAUGGAGGCACCAUUUGUCUGAUGCUACGCUAUCUCUUUGCCUUGGCAAAACGUGGAGACACCAAGUGGCCACAUGGACUGACGGACGUGUAUUUGAAGGUUUAUAGUCGUACAAGGAAACACUUUGAUCUCCCAGACAUCUUCAGCUUGAGUGAUUCUGAGGAAUACACACAGAACUUGGGGAAGACAUGUCAGUUAGCAGCAGAAUUCCAGCUGGACCAUUGGAUUGUCAAUAACAGAUUGGCUCUCUCGCCUGGUAGCUCUCCAAGGAGUCCAGGGUCGCAACAACUCCAUACAUCAGACCUUCCCCCACACUGUAAUGAUGACCUUUGGUUCAUCACAGGGCUGACAGGAUGUGGUGAGGUCAUGGGCUCAAACUGGCUCCCUCAUUGUAUACGAGUAUACUGGAUGAAAGCCAGGUUUUACAUGCUGCAAGGCAAGAUGGAUGAUGCCCUGUUUUGUUUUCAAAAGACUUUGGAGUAUUUGGAGUAUGCUGAAAAACAGGGGGAUCCUGCCAAGAUAUGUCUUGUAAACUGUAAAAUGGACAGGACCAUAUCCAUAGAUCAGGUCAAGAGUCACCAAGAGUCACUCCAUAGAUGUCAGUCACUCGAGGAAACACAGAAGCUGUAUGAGUCCGGCAACUAUGAUAAAGUGGUGGACUUUAUACUCCAAACAGAUAGAGACAAGCAAGUGGCAUUCAGUGCAGCUAUACCCGAGCGACAAUCACAACUCCUUCUCCUCCAGGACUCACUAUACAAGAUGGACGCCCACAAGAAAGGUAUGGUGUGGGGUGAAGUGUCUUUCAAUGAAGCUGUGCAGUGUUAUAGAAAAGCUACCACUUCAGAGCAGAAAGAUGCUUGGAGCACAACUUUGACUCAGAUUUGUCAAAACCUCAUCAGAGUACUAGAUAAAAAGGAAGAUGUUUUGAAAGAUGUUCCAAAGGUCAACCUCACGCGACUGUCAAGGAAUUUGAUCAGUAUCAUUGACAUUACAAUGGCAGCUCCAGACAGUGCUGUGGAAAUGCCAAUAGGCACUGUGUUACCAUGGAUACUCCUGUACAAGCUAAUCAAAUUUGAGGAAGACAAAAUAAGGUCCAUGCAAGUGUCCACUCCAGAAACUAGACAAGCAGACUUGUUUGAUGGCAUGCCCUCUUACCUGAUGUUGCUAAAUAUAGCACAUGAGUACCUGGCGAGGCAUAGCUGGUGUACAAAGUCAAAUGGAUCUCUACUGUUGUUCUAUCUUGAUGUGGCUCAGGAGUUCCUGACUGGAUCUUAUCAAUUCAAACAUGAUCUAGAACAGUCUUAUGAACAAUGUGUGUACUGUCUGUUUGGUCACCCGAACAAGAAGGGGCGUGCCCGUCACUUGAUGGACCACAACUCCGCCCAGAUAGACCUGACCUGGGACAGCGCUCAGAAAAUCUUUGAAUAUUUCAAACCAAACUCUGUGCCGGAGUUUGAUAGCUAUAAGGCUGAUGCUGUGUCAGCAGAUGUGGAAUCUUUGCUGAAAAGAAUUGCACAGCUUGUACCAGAAUCAGAAAAGCCAGCAAAACUGAUGGAAAAUUUACAAGAUUAUAUAGAGGGCAACACCAAUAUACCACCUAAUCCGGAUACCAAGCAUCUGUCAACUGUUUCCAAGGAACUGUACUACUUACUGGCAGACUACUAUUUCAAGAAUAAGGAGCAGGCGAAAGCAGUGCGGUUCUACAUGAGUGACAUAUGUAUGAAUCCAACACGUCUGGACUCGUGGGCAGGCAUGGGACUUGCACGCAUGAGUCAAUUGGAACAAAAACUGAGUUCUACGGCCCUGAAGAUGGAUAUGCCUAUCUACAGGAAGUCUAUUGGAGCCCUUAGAUGUUUCCGUAGAGCUGUGGAAAUUGAUGAUUCUAAUGCCAAACUGUGGAUAGAGUAUGGAUCGUUGGCAUAUCAGCUGCACUCUCAUGCUUCACGCCAGCUUAAAUGGAAAAAUUGGUUUCCAUUGACCGAGGAACUAGAACAAAUAGCAUCAGACAGUCGACAGGAGAUGCUGCAGACUGCAUUUAACUGUUAUAAGAAGGCGAGUGAAUGUGAGAGCGACGAGAAUGAGGAAGAAUGGCUACAACACUAUAUGAUGGCCAAGUGUCUAGAAAAGAUGAGGAAACCGGCUAAAGAAUACCUAGACCAUUACAAAAAGGCAGCAGGAUAUCUGUAUGAGGAGAAUGCCACUUUCCCUAAGAAGAUUGUAUAUGCUUACACUACCCCCCACCUGGCUGUGGAAUCUCUUGAGAUGUUUUACCGUAUCCAUGUGUCCAUCAUGAAGAUUUUGCUGAAGAACAAAACAAUUCUGGAGUCAGAUAUGCAGCUGUUCCAGCAAUAUAUUAAGGAGGCAGCUAAUAGUCCAUUUGCCCGAUGUCAAGAAAAAAGACAGGAAAGUAUGUCCACAGUGGAAGGUACAUCGCUACCUGUCGGACAAGGACCAAAAUCAGGAGGAAAGAAGUCUAAGGUCAUGUCGAUGGAUCACACUUAUUCCAAGCAAAAAAACUUGGUAGAGGCCUCUGGCACUGACCCAGCAGCCCCUGACGUUGACCGGGUUGUGACCCCUAAACCAGUUUCCGGGGUUACACACAGGGAGGUCAAGGUAAUUGACUCUUCUAAAGCAGCUGGGAGCAUGAUGGAAUUAUCUGCUGAGAAUCUUGAUGAACAUUUGAAUGUAGCUGAAAAUGUUCAGAAGAAAGAAGAGAAAGUUGGUUCAGUUGUGUCUGUGGAAAAGAGAGCUGUAUCAGAUGAGCAAGGUCAAGGUGACAUGGCUGUUGAUAGUGAAGUUGAAGGUGAUGGUUUCUUUCUAGAUGAAUUCACUGGCAUUGUUAAACAAACUUCAUUUGGUUUUGAUGUGAAGGAUGAAUCACACAAAUUGGAUAGAGGUGAUAGUGUUGAAAGUGGAACCAAGGACAAAUCAGUGGACAAGAUCAUGGAAAGGUCUUCCCAGGAGGGCAAGUCUGAUGAUAUAGCGAUGGAGGGGUCUUCCCUAGAGGGCAAAUCUGCGGAUAAAAUAGUCGAUGGGUCUUCCCUUGAGGGCAAACCUGCUGUUAAAACAGUGGAGGGGUCAUCCCUUGAGGGCAUGUCUGGUGGUAAAAUGAUGGAGGUGUCUUCCCAGGAGGACAGGAUUCUGUUUGAAGACAAACCUGACAGGAAAAAAACAGAAAAAGAUAAUGAUUCUUCUCCGUUUGAGUAUGAUGAGGAUAUUUUACUCUCAGACUUAUCACAAGAUCAGGAUAUUCCGUCACCUGGGGAGGAUAGAAAGUCACAUGACCUCAUUCCUCAGUCCGAGAGUCCAAAGAAUGAUGCCAAGUCUAGUCCACAUAAGGAAGAGGAUGGACAGGAAGAGGAGAAAUCUUACCAUUCUGAUGUCCGGGAGUUAAGUCAAGGAAAUGAGAGUAUGGAAUCUGAGACAAGACAAUACGGUGACAUGAAUCUAUCAGAGGAUCAGGAAGGUGGAACAGCCAUUGAUCCGAGUGAGUUGUCACUGUCCAAAGGAUUGAGAGAGAGAAUGGCACAGGAACUAGAGGGUGAACUUGUGUCAAAAUGUGAACAAGGCCCUUCAGUCGUAGGCAUGGAAACUGACUCCAAGACCAGGAAGGAUCAGAAAUCUGAGGACAGCUUGUCAGAUGGGGAUGAUUUAGGGGAAAGUUUAGAGGAUUCCUUCCUCUCUGAUUCUUUAGACUCAAUCCCAGAGACUCUUGAAUCACGUAGUAGAUCAGUCGGGGAUUCCUUGUCAAAGUCUGGUGAUUCUUUGUCAAAGUCUGGUGGAUUUCUGGCCCAGUUCAACCAGUUUUUAUCAAAAAAUAUUAUUCCUGAUGAUAUCAUCUCAGAAAGUUCUCCAGAAAAAAGUCUGAGUUCAUCUUUGAAGGCUUCAAGGUCACAAUCACCUUCCUCUCAAAUUUUAAUAUCAGAUGCUGAUACUGGACUUAAGAUUAGCUCACAGCAAGACACCAUUAGUUCUCAAGGUAUAAAGGAGGACUUGACAUCUUUUUCUUCUAAUCUCAGUUCAAAGCAUUCAACACAGUAUGAUUCAACAAAUCAGAAUAGAGAUGACAAUGACUCAAAGGAUAAUAAGAUUGAAACAUUAUUGGCCAAUCAAAAUUCAGAUAAGAAAGAAUCCUCAUCAAUGGACGAGACAUUUAAAAAUGAUGAGCAAUCUAGGAAGAUUGGAAUGGAAGAUCAACAGAACAUUGGCUUUGAAGAAAGUAAGAUGGAGGUUGACCAGAUCAGACAUUUGGAUGAUGGAAAGUGUGAAGACAUUGGUGAUACAUGUGAUAACAAGGAUGAGGAAGCCAUGAUUGUUGAUGAAACAGAGAAUCCCUCACAGAUUCCAGAGAAAGAAGACUCACAUCAAGCAUCAACAGCCAACCAAGGACAAAGAGUGGAUGACAGGAAAACACUCAUUACUGAAAAAGUGGUUGAUGGGAAAAAUAACCUUACAGAAAGAAUAGAUAAUGAGAAAAUAAAUGUUAUUGAAAAAGUGGAUGAUUUGAAAAGCAAUAUAACUGAAAGAAUAGAUGAGAAAAUGGAUGUUACUGAAAUAAAUCCUACAAACCAAGGACAAAAUGUGGACAAUGGCAAAAUUGAUUCAGUUGUGAAAGAUUCUACAACCUAUCAAGGACAAAAGGCAGAGGAUGUGAAAGUGGAUGUUAGUAAUGUGACAAGCUCAGUCAGUACAGAGCAAAAAAUGGAUGAUGUGAAAAUGGAUGUUGAUGACAAUGGUGAUAAAAAGAAGUUAAACACAGGUAGUUCUAAGUCAGUCAAUAAAGAAAGUGCGAUGUUGGAGAAGGAUUCAGUAAGUAAGAAGGAUGAAGGCGUCACUUCAGUGGUUGGUGGCAGAAGUAAUAAAGGUGAUCAAGAAAAACUGAACACAAAGGAUGUGAAAGAGGUUCCAGUUACAGUGGAGAAAAAGAAGGAGAAAAAAGACAAAAUAAGCACAGAAAGCAAUAAAAGUAAAGUUACCAGUAACAAACCGGGAAGUUCAAAAAUGCACAAACAGCUGAUUGAGCAAUGUAUGGCAGCCCUCUGUCUGUGUUUGGCACGUUUCCCAACCCACUACAAGUCACUGUAUAGAUUAGCAUAUACCUAUGUCAACUCUCCGUACCAUAAGAAUUUGCAGUAUGCCCAUGACCUGUUGCUAGGCAACCCUGACUGGAAGAUGAUGGCACACAUGCCUGCACAGGGAUUGUUUGUGGACAGGAAACCAAACAAUUUCUUCCAGGGUGUUUGGAAAAUUCCAGUUGAUGAGAUUGAUCGGUCCGGCAGUUUCCCAUCACAUCUGACUCGUUCAGUCAAACUUCUCCUCAAGGUUCUAAAAGAUCAGAAAGAUGUCCCUAAACUACACAGUAUUUUUCUUCAGCUCAGCAGGGACCCCGACUCUGGAAAAAAGUACAUGCGUGAUGCAGAGAGAAUCAAGUUUGCACGUCUUGCCCAUCAGUACUGUCUUGAUGCCAUCAGAGGACGCUUGCCAGAGCUUCGGCAAUGUGAAAACUACACUCGAGCAGUGAAAUGUUUGAUGGAAGUGUACAAGGUGUACAACUACAUCUCUUUCAAGAUGGAUAUCAGUCAAACGAUUGAGGCUAAUGAACUUCUGGAGGACACCUUUAAGGCUGUCAUGGGCAAAAAAGUACUGGAUGAUGAGGAAGUUCUUGAACAGGCUAUACGCUUUUGUCAAGAGGAAGUGCAACGUCACAAGGCUAGACAAUGGCAACCUUCUGCUGGGAAAAACAUCUUAGACACAUCUGGAAAAGAUGGAUGUCAGUCAGAUUCUUCUCUCUUCUCCCCGGAAAAACCUGUUUCCUCACUUAGCAAAGUUGGGGGACAGAAUCAAGGUCCCACAACGUUGACUCAAGGGUCCAAGUUAUUGGAAAAGGAAAAGAAAGUUUCCACCCCACAAUUGCAGGAGAAUGUCAACAAAGCUACACCAGCUUCAGUAUCAUUUGUAGGGAAACAGAAACAGUUGCUGAGCCCUGUUGGUGGAGGAGCUGUGAAACAGUCGACAGGAAAGCCUGGAAACCAACUAGGGCCAGGUAGACCAGCCAUCAGUGGUGUACAGAAAUCUUCACCAAGUACUCAGAAAUCCAGUUUGUUUUCCAACAUCAAGACAAACAUUCCCAAAGAAAAAGAAAAAGUUACAGGUGACACAAGAAGUAAAUCAAUAUUAGUGAGUGGAAAGGGAGCUUCUGGCUUUAAGCCAUAUAAUCCCAAUGAUUCUUUAGCACCAUCUCCUGUUACAACUCCUGCCACACCAUAUACUGGACUCUCACCCAAGUUUGACUUCAGUAAGAAAAAUGAACCAGCAGCUACAUCUCAGCCUGUCAAAAAGAUUAUAGAAGUGAUUGAAAUAUCAUCAUCUGAUGAUGAAAGCGAUGCCAAGGCCAAUCCUGAAAAGACAAGUGGUGAUCUUUCAGCGUCUAAGGGAAGCAAUCCAAUUCAGAUAGGUGGAGCACACAUAGAAACUGGGGGAAAUCCUGGCUCCUUUCAGAAAGGCGAGAACUUACGAACCUUGCUUGUGGGUGGGGAAUAUCAUGCUGCAUCACAUACUGGCAGUACAGUUUCAGGAGGCAAAAGUACCACACAAUCAAAGGGAGGAAGUUUACCAACACAAAGGCCAUAUCCUACAGGGAUAAUACUCAACAAGGGAAGUAACCAGGUUAAACAGUUAACCAGUAGCUUGCCCAAAGACGUUUCAAGUAACCUGACUAAACCAUCACAGAAACCACACAUUCCUACAAGUGGACAAAGAGGAAGUAACUCUACUGGACAGAAGUUUAAUCAGCCUUCCUCACAGGUAAAUCCUGGAUAUGUUAUGUAUGGAGCAAAGGUUACAGCGCCAUCACAGAAAUCCUCCUCUUCUUUACAGGCAAGUAUUACAGAUGAUGCUGACUUGUCGGAGAAAGAGGACAAGACCUAUCAACCCUCCGAGGAUAGCAGCAGUGAUGAUGAACAAUAUAAUCGUAGGACUAGCAAAACCAAGUUACAAUUAACGUCUCAUCCUGCUGCAAGGCCAUCAAAGAGCAAGGUAAAGGCGCCCACUCUCCAGGACGAGCCAAUACGUAUAGUUAAUGCAGAGACAGGACAGGUGGUAGAUUCUGAUAGCCAAAAAAGUGACCUUGUUACUGAUCCUGAAAAACUGUUUUUUGACGUCAAAGAUUGGCUGGAAGAUUUGUGAAUGUAGAUUAGUUAUUGACCCUGAAAAUUUGUUCAUGAUGUCAAAGAUUGGCAGGAAGAUUUGUGAAUAUAAAUCCACAACUAUCUGAAUAUCAUGUGUACUAUUAUCAAAAGCUUAUGUAUGGAUGAACAGUUCUUGGAACUAAUGAAUACAAAUAUAGUGCUCUUUUGAUUUAUCCUGAUUCAGAGUGUUUUAUCAGAUGGCCUAAUACUGAUGUUGCAGAAUCAAAACCAUCAACAUCAAAGAUCCAGUGCUCAAUAUACAACUGAUUUGCAAACACUUAAGUAUUAAACUGGUGGUAAACAGGUCUGUUCUGGCGAAUGAGCAGACCAAGAAUUCAAGAAUGAAUGCUUAUUGUUAACAAACAGGUUCUUACUUAGAGAGCUUGUAUUGCCAAUCAAUGCUUCUUACACAACUGUUUUAUAUAAAAACUGAU